GAGAUGUCCCUUCGCGAAGGGCAGGCAAAUGAUGCACUUCACAACCUCCGCAUUCACUUGUGCAACAAGGCGGUCCUAUUCCAAACGAUGGUCAGGCAAGCCAAAUCUCAAGCCCUGAAAACACGAGCCUGGUCACAGGUGACGUCAGUGCAACAGGCUGUCUCCCUAUGUGCGAGUAUAUAUACCAAGACCAGGAUGCAAAUUAUGAAACUUGACAAGGGGCAUGGCCAACUUCAGAAGUACAAACCCCUGCUUCGCGAGCAGCUCAAAGUCAGCACUGCCGUGGGUGAUCCGAAUGCCUGUGGUCAAUGA